CAGAUGUGGAAAGGAUGACGUACCGAUAUGUAAGAAGUCCUCGCUUUUUAUAACCCUGUUUUACCAAUCCGUUGGUUAAUUCCAGUUCUAAUCAAUUAUAUGGAAAUAUGACUGAGACUGUUUGGUUAGGGUUACAUGAAAGUUUUUGAACUAAACAUGCAAGGCCAGCAGUAUACCUUGUGAGGCAUGACUGAAGAUCUUUGCUCAGUCGCCCAGUGGCCCAUACAGAGAUAUGCCAGAUUUGUCUCCCCUGACACACAUCUCUCUCAAUCCCGAGCAUCGGGUGACUGGGAGUUUUAUGACAGUUCCAGAGACAGACUGAUGCUGAGUGUGACAAACUCCAACCAUCUGGUGCUUACUCAAGGAAAGACCAUGCUCGAGAAUCACUCUCUCAGCCAAUCAAAACCCUGGAUAAGAGGUGUUGCUAAGAGCGACAGUCUUCUGAUAUUAUACAAAGUUCAGGGACAAACACGGAGAUUCAGAGUGAAGUUUGAAGAGGGAGAUGGGGCAUGUGUUAGUUGCCAGGCAAAAUUGUCCAAGUUUUUUCCCAUCAAAGUCACACCUUUGACUGAUAGUAAUGCUGAUAAGAUACCUGUGAAAAACAGUCAGUUAGAUGACGAAUAUAAGAAGAAUCUGAGUGAUCCACCUAUAGUGUUGACAGGGGAGGUAACUCUUGGUAAGCUGGCUGAGGUGGUAACAGGGCUAACGAAGUUUCAGUUACCUGACGCCUACAAACAUUCUCACCUGAACCCUGACUACCUGGACACCUUUGUUAGGCUGUGCUUGGCCGAUCCUAGCUUCCCAGGCUUUGUGGGUCAAGUGGAGAAAUCGCUAACAAAAGUCAUCAAAGAAGCUGCUGAGAUUUAGCAGUACAAGAAUGUGGAUCAUCAUCUAUGUCAAUCUGGACUUUCCCAGGUUGUCAGCUAGAGUUAAAUCCCUUCGUUGAGUGAUGUGACAUCACACCAAACUUCUCACUUCUUGUAUCUUAUCGCAGGAAGCAGAGAUCAUUUGCAUUACAUGGAGAUCUCAUGAAAUUCUUAUCUUUAACAUGGUUUUUAUUCUGUUAGUAUAAUAUCAUUUCUAAAAAGAGACCGGUCAUAUAUAUAAUUUUUUUUUUUUAAUGUCAAAGAAUUAUUUUCACUCAACUGCUGUAUGCUCUCUCAUCACGAAUUUUUAUCUUAUUUUAUUAUUAUAUUAUUACUAAAAAGAGGCUGUUUUUAUGUAUAGUUUUGUUGUUAAAUACUGCAAAGAAUUAUUUAUGCACAACUUCUGUGUGUUUAGAGUUUAUAUAUUUACCAUAUUAAAAUAAAUUGAAGCGUUGUCGUGAUGGUUUCAAAGAAAAUUUUACGAAAAAUAAUUCUUCCUAUGUGUAUUAAUUUGCAUUUCAAUACCAUUCUACAUGUCAUGACACAAAACCUC